ACCGCUAUUCCCAAAAAGUGUGUUGGCCCUUUAAAAGCUCUCAGCGCUAGUCCUGUCUCCUACAGCAGUAGAAGAAAGUUGAGCCACAGAGUCAUUGAACAGAUUGUUGUCGAGGAUUUCUCACCAAAGGCUGCAAAAAUGGUCGAUAAGUUUGUUGGGACAUGGAGGAUGACUUCCAGCGAAAAUUUUGAUGACUACAUGAAAGCACUUGGUGUGGGAUUUGCAACCCGGCAGGUGGGGAACCGGACUAAGCCUAAUUUAAUAAUGAGUGUGGACGACCAAGGGUGUGUUUGCAUGAAGUCUCAGAGCACCUUCAGAACCACUGAAGUCAAGUUCAAGCUCAACGAGCCUUUUGAUGAGACGACCGCGGACGACAGAAAAACCAGGACCGUGAUGUCAAUGGAGAAUGGCAAGCUUGUGCAGAAACAGACCUGGGACGGCAAAGAAACUAGUAUCGAGAGGGAGAUCUCGGAUGGAAAAUUGAUAGCGAAAUGCAUAAUGGGAGACGUGGUUGCUGUGAGGACAUAUGUGAAGGAUGCAUGAUUGCACUCCCUCGGCUCACUUGUCAGAUGCACUGCUGGAUGACGGGCUCAGUUCAAUGAGCAUAAUAUCAAACUAAAGCAAUGGCAUGUUCUGCUCCUUACCUUUAUCCUUACUGUGUUGCCAAAGUCAAAUUUCUUUGCCUCUGUUCUCCAACAUGACACACUGGUUUCAUUUUGGAAUUGUGAUUUGAAUAAAAAUGAAUUGAUAAAUUUGGUCAAA